AUGGAAAUACAAGUGGAAGAACAUCAACAAGUAGUGCAAAAGUCUCGAGAUGAAUCUGAACAUGCCGAAUCUCCAAGACCUCUAUCUGAAACUAGUGAAAUGAGUCUAGAAGUUGGUACUUUAAAUAGAAAAAGAAAACCGAUAAGUGAUAAACAAAGGCCGCUCACAAGAUAUCUUCCCAUAAGAGGAACAGAUCUGGAUUUAAGACACCACAUAGAAUCAGCAGGUCACCAAGUGGUAUUGUGUCCCCAUGUUAUUAUAAACUCCAGUGUUUGCAGAGGUUAUCUUCACAAAAGAGGUUCGAAAUUAAAUGGGUGGUCUAGAAGAUGGUUUGUAUUUGACAGGCAUAAGCACACGUUUGCUUACUACAUGGACAAAAGUGAAAAGAAGCCUAGAGGUGGAGCUUAUUUUCAACUUUGUGAGUUCUACGACGUAAGUUACUACGUAUAA